AUGGGCAUUUGCUACUGGGCCAAUUGGCGUAGUGAGACACCCGAGCAAAUAGACCCGACCCUAUGUACGCACAUUCACUACGCCUUUCACGUUAUGGACGAUAAAAAUAACGUAAUCCUGGACUCAAAAGGGUCGCCACAAACCGAUACCUACCGGCGCUUAGUGGCACUCAAGCAAAAGAAUCCGGAUUUACAGGUAAUGGUGUCGGUAGGGGGUUGGGGUGCCCCUGACAUCAAGUUUUCACGUGUGGUUAAUAGCCCGGAGCUGAGGAAAGGGUUUAUCGCCAAUACAAUAGCAUAUCUCCAGAAGUAUAAGUUUGAUGGACUGGACAUAGACUGGGAGUACCCGGUCUGCUGGACCGGUAACUGUACGGCUGGGCCUAAGUCUGACCGGGAAAACUAUGGUGUGUUUGUCAAGGAAAUAAGGGCUGAGUUUGAAAAACAGACGCCAAGACUGUACCUAUCGGCGGCAGUUGUGUCCGGGGGUGCCAUUGCCGACAAGGCCUACGAUUAUAAGGCUAUUGGCGAGGCACUGGACUUCGUAAAUGUAAUGACUUAUAGCUACGCCUGGGUGGGCGACGGCAAGACUGCUCAUCAAUCGCCAUACGGUUUAUCAAUAGCCGAUGUGGAGGGCUAUGUGAAUAAGGGUGUGCCUAAAGACAAGGUGCUAUUGGGUGUGUCCUUCUAUGGCCAGUCGUUUCAAUUGUCCGAUAGGACUAAGCACGGAGUGGGCGCACCCAUCAAAGGGGCCGGACAUUCGGACGGUGAUUAUGGGCACGUGUGUGGACUCGUCAAAAAUGACGGGUGGACUAAGGAGCUGUCUGACCAUGGUCAUGAUCCCAUUGUUUAUAAGGGUGAUGAAUGGAUGAGCUAUGAUGACCCCUAUGCCAUGUAUAAUAAAAGCAAGUGGGUUAAGGACAAUGGCUAUGGUGGUAUCAUAAUCUGGGAGAUUACCCUGGAUGAUUACCAGAAACAGUGCUGUUCAGUGAAUAACCCUUUGCUACGGGCCCUCAAUUAUGGACUGUAUGGCACGGGUCAGUCACCGGACACUUAUGGUUGUGAACAUAAAUAAAUAAAUAAAUUGAUAUUAUUAUUUGAAAUAAACUUGAUGAAAUAGUAUUUUAAUAAGUGUCUGAAAUUAAUAAUUAAACUUUAGAUUUAUUUUUAAGUAAUAUUAUUUCAAAACUUGCAGAAG